GCAAACACCGCCACCAAAGAGUCUGCACCAGAGCCCAGCCAGGCGAGACAAGGAGAAUUUGAAGGUGCAUAGAAGGCUAGCAGACACCCGGUGGCCAUGGCGGGUCUGGCGUGCACACAGGUGGGCUCCACUGGCUUCCUGCUCAGGAGGCCAGCCAGCCGCACUUUGCAGCCUUGCCCUCAGCGGCCGAGGCUGGGCCGGAGCCUGCAAAUCGUCAACAUUGCAUCACCGGCGAGGGAACCUAUCACUCUGCCGCCCGUCGUGCCGGAGACGGCGCUGAUAGACGAAACUGGAAAAGGCCUUGGAGCCCCUCCGCCAUUCACACUUUCAGACAUCAGGAACGCAAUCCCUGAGCACUGCUGGAAGAAGAACGCAUGGAAGUCCAUGGGAUACUUGGCUCGUGAUGUUGCCGUCGUGUUUGGAUUGGCUGCUGGCGCCUACUUCGCAAACAGCUGGCUGGUGUGGCCCCUGUACUGGAUGGCCCAGGGCACCAUGUUCUGGGCGCUCUUCGUGGUCGGCCACGACUGCGGGCACCAGAGCUUCAGCAGCAACAAGACACUGAACGACCUGGUGGGCAACAUCGUGCACAGCUCCAUUCUGGUGCCCUACCAUGGCUGGAGGAUUAGUCACCGCACCCACCACGCCAACCACGGCCACGUGGAGAACGACGAGUCGUGGCACCCUGUGACCAAGAAGCUCUACGACUCCAUGGACGCUGCGGGCAAGAUGGGGCGGCUUUCGUUCCCGCUGGCCAUGUUUGCCUACCCCUUCUACCUGUGGAAGCGUAGCCCUGGCAAGACCGGGUCACACUACGACCCUGCCUGCGACCUCUUUGUGCCCCAGGAAGCCUCUCUGGUGAGGACGUCCAACGCGUUCAUGCUGGGCAUGCUGGGAUUACUUGCGGCUUGCACUUUUGCGCUGGGCCCGCUGGCGAUGUUCAACCUCUACUUUGUGCCCUACUGGGUCAACGUGGUCUGGCUGGACGUGGUAACCUACCUGCACCAUCACGGCGCGCAUGACAAGGAGGAAAAAAUCCCCUGGUACCGCGGAGAGGAGUGGACUUACAUGCGCGGUGGGCUGUCGACCAUUGACAGGGACUACGGCAUCUUCAACAAGAUCCACCACGACAUUGGCACGCACGUUGUGCACCAUCUGUUCCCCCAGAUGCCCCACUACAACCUGGAAGAAGCCACCGAGGCGGUGAAGCCGGUUCUGGGCAAAUACUACCGCGAGCCGAUGAAGUCCCCCAGCCCAAUCCCCACCCACCUCAUCGAGCCCCUCGUGCGGAGCUUCAAGAACGACCACUACGUGGAGGACACCGGCGACGUUGUCUUCUACAAGCGCGACCCCAAGUGGUCCUGAGCUCGAAACCGGCUCCGCUACCUAUCAUGGCCCUAAGCCUGAUUUUGUGUUGGUGCCUCUUUUGGCUCCAAAGCUGACGUGGCGGUGGAGCCCUUUCUGGCGCCGAGCUUGUCUGCCCAGGCGCCUAUUCUGGUGCAGAGUAUUUGGUGGCUCAAGGAGAGCGCCUUAGCUGCCUCCCUGCAGACAUCUGCAUUGCAGGCCUAGAGAGGGGGCCAGUGUUGUUGUCUCUGUGACUUGCGAUGAGGAGCAGACAGCAGGUUCACUCUAAUGGUUUCUGCUUCUGAGCCUUCUUGGCGGCUCGGCACACCUUACUGGGGGAUGGCUUGUUUGGCCCCCGCAUUCAGAAGCCAACGGCGGCUGACUGGUGUUUCCGAAGGGCAGACUUGUGCAUCCAGCUGCCUCAGAACUGGAUCGCAAUGAAGGUGGAUGAUGAUCGGAUUGAGCUGGGGAUCACUGCAGAUAGUUUGAAAGCCCCAGGCCUCAGGACCUGAAUUUGCUUUUUCUGCAACGGUUGAUUUAUUGCUGCACUGGCGCUGCCGGCACCAGUGCAAUGAGCAGGGCCUUUGGUUUUGCAGCCUUUGGUUUCCAUCAUCCGGUUCCUCGAGUUCAACAAAUUGAAGUGUGACCCACGCGCAUGCGCAAAAACUGACUCCCAUCUUCUGGGCGCAUUUGUUGGGCUGCAUCUGCUGUGAGCGUGCAGCAUACGCAUGCAUGCUGCGGCGCUGCCAGCCGUGGUCAAAGCACUGACAUGCAAUUCUUUGUAACAUUUAACGGUGUGCCUCCGGGUUGCCAAAACAUGGGUACGGACAUCAUGUGACUUGCUUAUUGACAUGAGCUUAUUGGAGAGCGCACGCCCUGCAGAGGCUCAUGCUCUCAAGACAGGCAGAGUAUGCAUGCUGUUGUGGUAGUUGUGAUAUUUCCUGAUUGAUUAGCAGCUUUGAAGCAAAAGGUUGCGUGCUUGCGGGCAGCGUCUGCGGGCUGAUCAAUUGUUUUAUGGAGUGCCUGACAUGCAUACAUGUGCGGAGUGUCCACCCAAAUGAGGUUAAGAGCUGUUAUGUGCUAGCAAAGGGACUUGUGAAGUAUGGUAGGGAUGUUUGCUGUGGAGGCGCUCGUUUGGUUUCUGCAAAGGAUGCCUUUCCCGAAACAACACUGCUUGCUGUAGGCAUAGGUUCGGCAUUUCAUCGCGGCACUCAAGAUGGCUCAUGUAUAGUCUGGAUUUGUACCACAAGCAUGCCUGUGCUCUGCGCUAACAUGCUUGUAGGCUUUGCUUUCCUAGGAUGUUUGAGAGUGAGCGUGUAAAUUGAUUCCGCCAUGAUAACCCCUGGUAAAAGCUUUUUAGAC